GUUUCCACUUGAAUCUGAAUUUUUCAAUCAAACAAUUUAUGGUUUUCAUGCUUUUUUUAGCAGCAAGAAGAUCAUGAUUCGAAACUGGAGAAUACAGAAAGAGGAUUUUGGUGGAGUGUAAGUAGCGCUUGGAGCAAGUUGGAUCGUUGGAGUUGGUGGUAAAGAAUCAAAUCCAGUUUGGGAACUCGCUAACGAAUCUGGUAUGCGAAUUUUCCAGUGAGUUUGUUUUUCCUUUUUUCCUUCUUAUUUCAUUAACUAAUCUGGUUCCAACUGAGCAAAUUGUAGGUUUUAAUGAUUUUUAGAAUUUUUCAUAUUAAUGGUUCUUCUGAAUCUCUGGUCAUUUAUUCUAUUAGAUAAUUAAUCGGGCUUGGACUGCGUAUGUACCAUUUUUACUGAAACCAUUUUGGAAAUUCUGGCACUGAAUAAUUAUUAUUUAAAACUAUUUGUUUAGUCUUUAUUGUUUGUUUUUGUUUUCAAGGUAUUUGAGUCUUGGAUAUUCAACACCUUUUCUUUCUUUGGGUGAAUCUUAUAUGUAUUCAUCUUUGGCUGCGGCCAAAGCUGCAGUAAUUUCAGUGGGUGAAGAGAUAGCAUCUCAGCUGGGCUUGCCAGCAGGAAUUUGUCCUUUGGUUUUGUAUUUACUAGCUCAGGAAAUGUUUCUCUUGGAGCACGAGAGAUAUUUAAACUUCUUCCUCACAGUUUUGUGGAUCCGAACAAGCUUCCAAAGCUAUUUAAAAUGGUUAAUUUCAGGGGUAAGGAUGUAUCUCAACCAGCAAGGGCAUCAAAUAGGGUGUUUCAAGUUUAUAGAUGUGUUGUCACUUGCCAAGACAUGGUUCAAAACAAGGAUUCAACAAAGUCAUUUGAUAAAGUACAUUCUACAUUAUCGAAUCUUGUUUCUGGGCUAUCCUUGUUAG